CCCCUCCUGAGCUGAAGGUGGUUUGAAGCCCUUGCCACCAUGCCUGCUGAUUACAAUGGGACGUGGGAGAUGGAAAGCAAUGAAAACUUUGAAGGCUACAUGGUUGCUUUAGGUAUUGAUUUUGCAACUCGUAAGAUUGCAAAACACUUGAAACAAACAAAGGAGAUUACUCAAAAUGGAGAUAAUUUUAAAACAAAAACACUCAGCACUUUCAGAAACUAUGAUCUGGAUUACACAGUGGGAGUGGAGUUUGAAGAACACACCAAAGGACUGGAUAACAGAGUGGUAAAGACACUGGUGACCUGGGAUGGUGACAAACUGGUCUGUGUGCAGAAAGGCGAAAAGAACAACAGGGGCUGGAAGCACUGGAUUGAAGGAGACAUUCUGCACCUGGAAUUGACAUGUGAAGACCAGGUGUGCCAUCAGACAUUCAGGAAGAAGAAAUAAAACUGAGCAGAAAGCUGCCCAGAUCUUCCUCACACUGUUCUGCUGUUCUGUUUUGUCUGAGAGAAGAACGAAGCCAGAUUUUCACUUCUUUGACACUGCUGUGUGAAUACAUUUUGUUCUUGUUUAUGGAAACAAACACAUUUUAUAGAAAUAACAUCAAACAGUUACAAACCUCAUAAAUUCCUUUGCCUUUCAGUCUGGAGGUAAAUAAAAG